UUAACAAUAUUAAGAUUUACAGAUUCUGCAGGGGUGUGCAAACUCAUGGGCACAACUAAAUCAGUCUCCGCGUUAGUACUCGGCCAUGAAAGGGUUAAGCAGCAAGAGGAAAUCCCGCCUUGCUGACGAGCACUACAGCGACCUUGUAAACAUUUAGUUCAGCCGGAGCUACAGAGCCGCACGGUCCCUCCACGGCGAUUCGUUAAGAUGUACCAUGUUAGGAAAGAAAGAGUCGUUUGCUUUUUCUCAGUAUUGAAACUGACAACAUCGCAGACAUUUUGAAUGGGAGAUGACGACUGCGUGUGAAGGCGCGAGUGCUGGGCCGAUCUACAGUGUUCAGUUUGGACCGCAGGUGAAAGGUGUACACAUUCAAUAACCUUAAGUAUUACCCCCCCUCACCACCACCUGCCUUUAUUGACGGAUAGUGUGUCCCCUAAAGACGUAGCACACACUCUCGCACCUGGAUGUCAUCGUUGUGGAAACAUCUGGCAGCUUCUCACUCCUUUCUUUCACACCGAAUGGAAACAUAGACAAUGAGCCACGGUUUGCUUCUUGUGUUUCGGACUCUUGUCACUGUGCUGCUUUUUAUAACGUUUAGUGGUACAUUCAGGAGCGCGUGGACUUCAGCUGUACCUGGAGAAGUCUUCAGCACUGAGAGAAGGACAGAGUCCCACAGCCAAGAUGAUGUGCUGACGAGCACACCAGCAAUAACUCAUUCUGUUCACUCAGUGGCAGUUCGUAGGAGAGGAGUUAAGCCACUGGGGACGAUGAGACCUUUUGUCAUUGUGGAUGGACACAGGAGGAGCCUGAGUAACGUUUUACAGAAUGGUCACCCAGAGAGACUGGUGUGUGGGCUUCAAAUGGAAAACAGCCUUCUUCUGCUGGACCUGGAAAAGAACCAUGAUCUACUGCCUAAGCUGCCUAAUGUCUUCUACUACCUACCAAAUGGAAGUGGGGUGUCCAUGGAGGAGAGCCAGGUGGCUCAGUGUUACUAUCAUGGCUCUGUGAGAGGGUUCCCCCAAUCCCGUGUGGCCAUCAGCACCUGUGCUGGCUUACGGGGAGUGAUUGUAAUCAAUGUGAGUUUGAGCUUUGAACUGCAGCCAGAGGAAUAUGAUGAAGGCGUAAGGAGAAGUGGUCAUUCAGAAGAAGAGAAGGAAUUGCACACACUUUACCCAACCCACCAGCUGAGCUCCGAAUCUGGGGGAUGUGGUGUUUCUCACACCUUUAUACCACCCAUUCAAAUUAUUCCACAAAUACACAGGACUAAAAGAGAUAUUCUUUUAGAGACCAAAUACAUUGAGCUGGUAUUGGUGGUUGAUCACAAGGAGUACCUAAAUUAUCAGAAGAACAAGAAGACUAUUAUUUAUCGCAUGCUGGAUGUGGCCAACCAGGUAGACUGGUUCUAUCGGCCACUGAAUGUACGAGUGGCCCUGGUGGGGCUGGAGAUCUGGAGUGAUCAAGAUAAAAUCCUGAUAGAUAAGAGCCCCAGUGACACACUCAGCCGUUUUUUGGAGUGGAGGAACAGAGAGCUGCUGCCACGACUACGCCAUGACAACGCACAACUAGUCAUGGGUGAGUCGUUUGAUGGCACAACAGUGGGCAUGGCCUCUCAGUCUUCCAUGUGCACCAAGGACAGAUCUGGAGGAGUUAAUGUGGAUCACCUAGUAAGUGUGCUGGGGGUUGCAUCCACAGUGGCGCAUGAGCUCGGCCAUAACCUGGGAAUGAACCAUGACACAGCUGAACGCCGCUGCCAUUGCCAGAAUGAACCACGACUUGGAGGAUGCAUCAUGGAGCCAUCUACAGGGUUCAUGCCAGGUCAGCUGUUUAGUAGCUGCAGUGAGAAAGAUCUCUCUCUGAGCCUUAUGCACGGUGGAGGCAUGUGCCUUUUUAACGUGCCGCAGCCGGAAAAGAUGUUGGGAGGGCCGCGCUGUGGCAACCUGUACGUGGAGAAGGGAGAGGAAUGUGACUGUGGCCUACUUGAUGAAUGUAUUGAUCCAUGUUGUAAUGCCAGCACCUGUAAGCUAGUUCCAGGUGCCCAGUGUUCCUCUGAUGGCAUUUGCUGUGAGAACUGCAAACUACGUGUUGCUGGAUCAUUGUGUCGAGAGCCUCUGGGAGAAUGUGAUCUACCAGAGUACUGCACUGGUGCCUCACCACACUGCCCACCCAAUGUGUUUCUUCAGAAUGGUGAGACGUGUCAAGACGGCACCUCCUACUGCUACAGUGGCGUGUGUACCAUUAUGGAUGAGCAAUGUCUAAUGCUGUGGGGAGCCAACUCCACCCGUGCUCCUCCAGUCUGCUUCUCCUCCGUUAACAAACAGGGCAACAUGUUCGGCAACUGUGGCCAGAUGCCCAAUGGCUCCUAUAUUCCCUGCUCAAAUGAUGAUGUGCAGUGUGGUAGAAUCCAGUGUCAGGGUGGCAGUGAUCGCCCUUUGAUAGACUCAAAUGCAAAGAUUCUGACAACUAAGGUGAAACUAAACAACAGUGAAUUUACCUGUCGAGGAGCAUAUUUCCGUCUGGGCGAUGAUGUCUCUGACCCAGCCAUGGUAGCUCAGGGAACUGCAUGUGCUCCUGGCAAGGUGUGUUUAGACCAGCGCUGCCAGGAUGUGUCUGUCCUUGGUGUUGAGGAGUGUCGUGGGAAGUGCAAUGGCCACGGGGUGUGUAACAGCAAUAAGAAUUGUCACUGUGAUGUGGGCUGGGCUCCACCAGACUGUAAAUACUCAGGACCAGGAGGCAGUAUGGACAGCGGCCCUGCACGUCAGACCAGAGAUUCCAAUCGUAUUCAUGUGGCUCUGCUAGUCAUCUUUUUGUUUGUGCUGCCGGUGAUACUACUGAUCCUGGCACUCCGCCUCCCUCGCUGCCGCCGGAGGUUCUUCUGUUUCAACAACACACCCUUCAGCAAGGCCAGACAGCCCAGCCGAACCCCUGCCACUGAGCGAGCGAAUGCACAUAAUGGAGAGCAGAUCUUGCCGCUGAGGUACCAGUGGACCCCGCAGAAUGACAUCCCACUCACACGAGCCAUCAGUAAGGCUCAGACCAGGCCUGCUCCUCCUACUAAACCUCUUCCACCUGAUCCUGUCUCUAAACAGCCUGUCCAGUCGGCAGUGCAGCGGCCUGCCCCUCCCAACAAACCCCUCCCUCCUGAUCCCGCCCCCUCAGAGAGCAAGAAGCAUCGAAAGUUGAAGGUGACACGACCGGCUGCACCAAGCAAGCCUCUCCCCCCCGACCCUGUCCUGUCUGACAGACAGAGCCAGAAGCAGAUUCCCCCCAGACCUCCAGUUCCCAGGAAGCCUUUGCCCGCAGAUCCCUCUGGUUACCCCGCUCCUCUGCCACUGCUGCCCCCCUCUGAGCCACCUGGACACCACACAGCUGCUGCUGCUGCUGCUUCUGCCCGCUUCAGCCCUUCUGGUGCUGCUGUUCCUGCAAGACGUCCCCUGGUGCCCCCCGUUAGGGCAGUACACCAGCCCAGGAAGUUCCAUACACCUCCCCAAGUGUAAGCAGUGGGCCCUGCAGUUCAGGUUCUGUGUGCUGUGGCCUGGUAUUGUGCUGAGGAUUGACACACUUCUAAUUGCACUGACCAUGAGAGACUCGGCACAGCUGAACCAAUGCCAUGCACCUGAACAAGUUUAUCUAAAUGGAGUCAGGAAGUUCAUUUUAACACAUGGACAAAAACAAAAUGAUUAUCCAGUCAACGCAUUGAUAACGAAAGGCUCAGACACUUUAGAUGUUGACUGAACAAGUCAUCUUUCAUGUGCUAAACAGAGUUCUGUAUUUCUGUGUGCCAUCACCGGCUGCAUUGCUGAUAAGUGUCUGUAGGUUGAACAUAGGUUAAGAACCAAUGUUCUACAGUUAAAGGGCUAGAAAUCUAUCCUGUACUUCCAGCCAGUAACUAAGGAUUUUGUAAUUCCAGUUGAUUUGGCAGUAGCUAUACACUACUGAUUCAGAAAUGAUCCGAAAGGUUUGUUGUUACUGUCUUGAAGCACCACGAUGACCUUGAGAAAGCUACUUAAUAUGUGUUUGUCCUAUGAAAUGAUCAUUCUGUUAAUUUUGUAAAGUUUAAGCAGGAGAUAUAUAGAGGAUUGAACUGAUUGUACUGUGGAGCCCAGGUUGUUUUAUGUGGCACUUAUCUCAGUGUAUAAAUCUCACAUGUCUAUCACUCGAGAGAUGGUCAUUAACUGUCGAAGCAGGAAAAAAUUAGAUGCUGCUGGUCUGGACUCUUUGCCUUUUGUAAAUAGUAAAAGUGUGACGGGGAUAUUAUUGUUUAUUUUGCAAAAUACAGUAUUUUUAUGCAAUAAACCUGGAACCUGUUUUUAAAAAA